GUGAAGAUAUAAGGUCAUGGACGCGAUGGCGACUGAUGUAGAGGAGAACAGAAAGCAAACGGCUCGCAGCUCGAGCAGCCGUGUCACCACCGUGUCCGUCCAAAUUAGGCGCAAAACCGCGGAUGGACAUUGGAGGCUGUGGUUUAUAUACCUGCAGUGCUAUUUCUUAACUGUUGCAACAAUACUAGGAACAGGAAUCUUGGGUCUUCCAGUGACAAUAGCUCAUGCUGGAUUGGUGCCUUUCCUCAUCUCUUUUAUCGCUGGCUUUUUUGCCCAGGCUUUGCUUAUCUACCUGUUUGUGGAGCUCCUUCAGCGAUCUCAAGUGGUACAGCUGGAUUAUUUGAAGACUGGUGUCAUGGAGGUUAUUGUAAUGGAGCAGGUGGUAUUGGAUGAUCCUGUCCCCAUUGAGGAAGAAGAGGAUGAGAAUGUGGAAGCAGGUACAGGUUUACUACAGCAAGAUGGUGUAACUCUGCAGGUGCAAGCUGAAGACCUGCAGCCCAACCUUCACAUGCUCGGUCACCUCUUUCUCUCACGGCCCAUGAGCUGUGCCUUCAACUGCAUUCUCCUCUUCCAGUUCGUUUCUAUCGGAAUUAGCUACGUGUUAGCUGGCAGCGAGGCCUACUCUGCUCUUAUUCAUGUCAGCUAUAUCAGUGUUAUUCCAGCCUUUACUUGGAUUCUGAGUCUUAUUAUCUUACUUGCCCAAAUGAUCAUCCAGCCAAUCAUUGCAUUUCUCACACUGCUGAAAGGAAUCCUGCUCAUUGUCACGGUGGCUGUGACCUUUGCACUUGGGUCAGAGGUUGGUCUCCAGAGCACCAGUGACUUCAGUCAGAUGGGGAAACCUUUCCUUAUGGGCACAGUGGCACUGGGAGGGAUUGUCAAUGUGAUGCCUUUCCUCUACUCACAGAUCUCGCACAAUAAAACUCAGAUCCUGUGGUUUCGGAGAGCAGUACUGGGAGGUCUGACAACCUGCACUCUCCUCAACAUCAUCUGGUGUUGGGCAGUACUGCACAUUGUCCCCCAGAUGUCAUCACCGGACACCGUUAAUCAGUCCAGCAGCCUGUUUGGUCCAUUGACGUCAGUCUCUCCUCUGCUGUACUCAAACGUGUCACUCGAAGAGUAAGUCUA